GUAUGUUUAUUGUAUAUGGCUCUGAAGCAUUUUAUAAUUUCCUCUUUACUGAUAAACCAACUUGAUACACUACUGCCUUCAGGACAAGGUCAACCGCGAAGAAGAAUAGGAAAAGAAGGUAAUGAGCAGAAAAGGAAACGAGUGAAGACCGAGUCAGAUAUUUCUAGGAUGAGCAAUCUUAAGGGUGAGCAGGUAGCAGCUAGGGUCACACCACGUAAUGCUGAUAAGGAUGAAUGGUUUGUUGUUAAAGUGAUCCAUUUUGAUAAGGAAUCAAAAGAAGUUGAAGUUCUAGAUGAAGAACCUGGUGAUGAUGAAGAGGGAAGCGGCCAAAGACAAUACAAGCUUCCCAUGGGAAAUAUAAUUCCUUUCCCAAAGAGCAAUGAUCCUUCAGGUGCUUCGGAUUUUCCGCCAGGCUCACAUGUUUUGGCGGUCUAUCCAGGAACUACUGCACUUUACAAAGCAACAGUUGUACAUGGCCAUCGCAAGAGGAAGACAGACGACUAUGUGUUGGAAUUUGAUGAUGAUGAAGAAGAUGGGUCUUUGCCUGAAAGGACGGUUCCCUUCCACAAGGUGGUUGCUCUGCCAGAGGGUCAUCGCCAAUGAAUUUAAGCAAUUUAGGGUUGGUUUGUGAGUUGGGUUAAAAAGGGAGAAAAUGAAAGGUUUGUAAUGUAAAUUUUAGACUAAAUGCUCCGAACUCCAAACCCAAACUUAUGAACAACCCUUAUAGUUUGUGUAUAAAGUAGGAAUGGCGUUGUUGCUUUACGUGCUGGUUGUGUAAUAUGAUUUGUUAUGUUCUCAUUUUUGUGUAAUGAUCACUUACUAAUAUACGUUUGAAUGGGAAAAAGAUUUUUUUAAGUGAGGAGAUUGUAAAGUGAUAAAA